AUGGCGCUCAAAGUUGAAGCCCAAGAUACUCUUCGAGCUGAGCUUAACGAAGAGAAAUCCAAAAACGAGAAAAAGAGUAAAGACGAAGGCGCCAAAGUGACGAUAACGAACAAGGCCGACGAGCCGCCGUUCGGGUUGAAGGUGAGAGGAACGGAAGGGAUCGGAGGAGUGCAGACACUCGAUUUCAGCUGUUCCCAACGUAUUUGGUGUUCAAAUAUUUGCAUCCAAGUCCGGCCUUCGACACUAUUACCAUCACGAACAUAUUGACGGUUAAGCAAGCAUUCAAGGUCGGUGACUCAGAACGAUGUUCAUUAAUACAAACGAUAUUGCAGAUGAAGACCAAUGAGAACAAGUCGUACUCGUUCAGACCAUCCGUCGGAUUCCUCGCAGUUUGUUCCGAAUGCCGAGAAUCUUGCGAAUCUUCUAUUUCAGCCUGGCGAGAAGGUCGCAAUCCGGAUCACCUACCUGAACCACAAGGACAGACAGGGACCGCCGAACGAAAUGAUCCACGUGGCGGCGUAUCACACGGCAUCCGGAAGUGCGAAGAGCAACAAGGAGGCGUUCGGUAACGGAAAGAAGAAACCGGACGGCGUGCAUCAUUUCUACUGCACACAUCGUGUUGACUUCGCAGGAGAAGUGGGAGAAGAACAACAGUAG